AUGUCGUUUAGAAUCCCGACCUACACACUCGUCUUACAGCCGGGUGUAAACAGACCUAAUUGUCCAGAUAUCGAUGAAGAAGAGUGGAGUCUGAAUACUUUGAAAAACAACAAUCACGUGAACGCACCCCCACCUCUGAACACCUCAGAAGUUAGGAGAAAACUCUUGAAAACUGCCAACCUGCCGUUCAAAAUGAAUCUGAGAAGUAAACAUUUGGAGGCUGCAUCUUUGUUGAUAUUUUUGGUCAAAAUCCUCCGUGUGAAUAUGACUUGUCAUCCAACUGAGUUUCUGAUAGGGACUGAAUGCUGUCCUCUUUGUCCCUCUGGAAAUCGUGUUAACACACACUGCACGGAGUUCAGGAGCACUUCCUGUUUGCCCUGUGUGAAAGACACCUACAUGAAUCUUCCCACUGGACUUAAAAAUUGUUUCCCCUGCACGACCUGUGGUCCAGAUUCUGGUCUGAAGAUAUACACUUUGUGCACAGCAACAACGGAUUCAGUUUGUGAACCUAUGCAAGGAUUCUACUGUACAGACCGCAUAGAAAACCACUGUGCAGCUGCACAGAGACACAAACAAUGUCAACCAGGGAAGUACAUCAAACACAGAGGAACAGCCCAAACAGACUCUCAAUGCUCUGACUGCAGUGACGGAACAUUUUCUGAUGGGACGCUUACGUCUUGUCGACCACACACACAAUGUGAAUCACAAAACCUGAUGCAACCAGGAACUGCUUCAACUGACGCUGAAUGUGGAAGUGACAGUUCAAAUUCCAGAGCAGUAAUCAACGUUCCACUGGUUGUUUUGGGCCUUCUGGUGAUUGGUUCAUUAGUCGCCUGA